UCCUGUGACUUGGAAAUGAGUUCAGAGUGCAACCACGUAUUAUAUUUAUCUCUUAUUGUCAAAGGGAUUUGUCAAUUGAAUCAUGGAGUCCGCGAGGAUGUAAAUUUUGAUCUUAAAAAUUUGUUUCUGUGAGAGCUUUUCCAAUUAGCGAAGGCUUGAGAUUUUAAUUAAACACCAGAUGAAAAUUCCUCGCGAAGACGAUACGAGUCACGUCAUUAACUGACUUUUCGUCACGCUCCCACGUGCGAUUGAUUUAUUACGGUUUCACCGCGUGUGCCUUCUGCCCCUCCUCGCAUGGGAACAGACUGUUUAAUUGCGCAAAAUCUCGAGGAAUUCUUUGAGCCAGGAUCACGUAUGUAUAUAGGAGAGUUACUCCCAAGGCGCCGUAAUUAUUCCGUAGCGAAAAUUAGCCUGGUCUGUAACAAUUAUGAUUUUCUCAUCGACCAUACAUGGGAAGCUGUGAGAACGAUUUUCACCGAGACGUAAAUUCCGUAAUGACAAAGUGAGCCGUAUCUCUUAUCAACUAUACCAAACAGAGGAUUUAAAUUUCUUUGAAUAUUCAGCUCGCUACAGUGACAUAAGUAAAAAUGUUCCAUUUAGUUAAUACGAAAAUUACUAUUUCAGCAAUAAUAUAGAAUUAAGUUGACAUACUAUUGCGUGAAUCACUAUAAAUAACCAACCGGUACAGCCGCUUCCUCUGUCGUAAGAUCGACUUUCCAUCGAUGAAAUCGGGAAAUCGGGAAAUCGAAAGUAGUCGAAAUUAAGUUAUGCGCUCGAUGAUACUUAUUAAGCGAGCUGUACUAUUAGACGAGAUUCUAUAAUUUAAUCGCGACGCGAUUACGCUAUUAGAUGACUAAAUUGAUUUAGGUUAGUACAAUUUUCAGUAGCAUGUAACGCGCAAAUAAUUUCAAUCUGAAUUGAACUCGAUUAUUGUAUUGAAGAGUGGAAUAUUUUUCUCGGCGACGUGCGAGUUUGAAAUAGCAAGGUCUCCCCUAUUGAAUUAAUCAUGCUGUUUGAAAUUCCUCUUGAAAGCCAAGGUUGAUACAUCCCGGGAUAAUCGUACAAUUAAGAUCAGCGUUAAUCUUCCACGGUGAUCUCGAAUCUGAAUGCGUCGCAGAUCAUAUCUUGUUCAUUCACGAACGCUACGCGAGCAAUGCAUCAAAAAGCGUUACGCAAAAGCGGAUAGGGAGAAAUGUUUCUCACGAUAGUGACACGCUGUGGAAACAAUUUCUCGCGACCUUUCCCUGAUCGUGCAAAAAAAUACGACGGGAAAUUGAGUUAUAAAACACAUGUGCCAGUCUGGCUCGCUGGGUCGGCCGGGCCAGAAGUUCAGUCGGUGACAGUGCAAGCUCGCUGCCUAUUGUAUAUAAUAGAAGUAAAAAAUAUUGAAGAUAACACUAAUUUUAUUUAUUUGUAGUGAAAAGGAAUUUGCAAUUGGCGAUAUUUGUCGACAGACCGGGCAUUUACACCGUCGCGGCGGAUACCUCGAUCCGUUUCCGGCGAAGGAGUGACACGCGAGACGAUGGAGGCGUCACGUUCGUUCGAUAGACGCCAUCGAAGUCUGCCCGGCUCGUUCCAAGCAUUCUUUUAAAGACACUUUGAUAAUUCAACCUAGUAGGCAUCGAUCUCUCAGCUCCGACAAACGGCUUGAAAUGACUGUUCCAAUGAUUUGGCUGUUGAUCCCCUUGCUGAUUGCUUCUUCGCCUAGAGUAUUCUCGGAGAACAGUAUAUGCACCAGAAAGGAAAACUACACAGUCACGUCGAUGGAAACGUACGACGAGCCAGUAAUCGUGAAUACAUUCACCUGGUGCCUUCAAAUACCUCCCAGGUGUCCGAAAGAACGCGCAGAGAUAAGGCAUCGCUACCGUGUCAAGACGGAGGUGAAAACUAGGGACGUGCAAGAGUGCUGCGAAGGCUAUGAACAAAUGCCAUCCGACGAGGAGACGGGAAUCAAGUGUAGGCCCUUCUGUGAGAAAUGUUUGAUCGGAGCUUGCAUUUCACCGGGCCGGUGCCGAUGUAUUCCUGGCCAUCAAGGAGAUAACUGUGACAUCCCAUGCCCGGCGGGCACGUGGGGUGUCCUGUGUAAGAAGAAAUGCAACUGCGCCGAGGACGUACCUUGCAAUCCCGUAAAUGGACGCUGCAUCUGUCCGCAAGGAUUGCGUGGACUCGCGUGCAAUGAGUCGUGUCCGAGCGAUCGCUGGGGAGCGGAAUGCGCGUUCCCCUGCGAAUGCGAGAAUUCGAACAAAUGUCAUCCAGAAACUGGUCGGUGCAUCGAGCUCUCCGAUUUCGAAAACAUAACUCGUUCCAGAGACGAGGAGAACAGUGUGGCUAAGGAUUUCACCUCUGCAAUUCACUUCUGGGCAACAGAGAAUACUACAGAAGACGAUUACGAAAUGCUCGCGACCACCGAGAACCCUACGAGCGUCGAGAACACGUGGACCAUGUGGACCUCGAAUCAGAAGACGAAGACACGCGACAAGGGAAACUCGAGCACGCCCAGGCCUGUCAUCGUCUUGGUUUCCGUUCCCGAACGCAGGAGGAACGUCGACAAGGAUCAAGACACAUUUUUCAUGAAGAAUCCGUUCAUGAAACACAUUGACGACAACAAUAUUGGACCGAAAACAGAUUAUGUGAAAAACAUUCAUAAAGAUGUUCAGCCAGCACCAAUUCCGUUGGACAUCGCGUUGAUCGUGGUAGCCUCGAUCGUGUCACUGGGUUUAACCUCGGUAGCGGUGGUAAUGGUCCUCCACAUGCGUUCGAAGCUGUUAGAGGCGGCCAGGGCGUCGAUUUACGAGGAAGCCAGGGCGAAGAGCCAACAGAAUGUAAACGGGACCAAGAUCUCGUCGAUAGUCAACGGCGCACUUCCCCAAACGCCAAUUCAACUGGGACCUAUCUUCUCGACGCCAGAGCCGAGGACAAUGUUGAGAAUGGAUAACAUCGACUCCUGCAAUUAUGCCAACGGUGCCGCCACCAUUGGCCUACAUUUGUCAGGGAAUCUACACGGUUUCUUCCAAGAUGAUCACUAUGAUCGACCACCUUCCACGCGGAUUCGCUUGCAAGGUGACUUCGAUACGGAACACGUAUAUGACGAAAUUCCACUGCAAUCGAAUCCCUUAAGCAGUCGCGACCACGCGUGAUCGAAAUGUAAAAUCUAAACAGUUCCUUAGUGGGAGACUUACGUAUAAGACACGUGCGAAAAGAGUUUCAAAAAUCGAACCAACGAUAGAAGUUCGCAAUUUUAUUAAGUCACGUACUCUUUUCAUUGAAUUUAUUAAUUAAACAAAUAAGUCUACUUUAAAAAUAUUUAAAUCUUCUGCACGUUACGUAAAAUGUACAGAAACUCUUUUUGCACGUACAAUAUCUCAAGUAUGCGGGUAGGAAAUUCGAGUAGUACAAAAAGCGUGAAUUUCGUGUCGAGCUCGCGUGUCAGGCUCGCGUGCGAUUCCGGAGGCGGAUGUGAGCGAGCCGGCUCGUCUACGCGGCUACAGAUGAAAAAUCCAACCGGACCGGUUUCCGACCUUACGCGCGGGCUCGUCCAGUGCGCAAGGCUGAACGUGACUGGACCGAUAAAAACGGUACUCGAUUCGCGGCGCCGAUUAAACGAUCAAAGGCAACUUUUCCUCGGGGCCCGUUCGUUACGCUGUCGAGCCCAGUUUACGACAAUCGAACACCGGUUCUUCCAUGCAAUCACGUGCGUUCGAAAAUUUCACCGGUCGAGAAACUCGUUUGAUUCGUAAUCAUAGUACGCCUGCCGAUUCAAUAAGAGCAAUUUCACCCUUUAUACGUGUAUAGAUAAUUAUCUUCGUAAGUUACUCGUAUCUAAUUGUAGUCGUAUUUUAAUUACUUAUAUGUAAUUCUGUUAUAUUUAGUUUUGUUUAGAAACAAACAUCGUGGCAUUAUUUUUCUUUCAUUAUUAUGUAUUAUGUGAUAGUGUUUGACGAUGCCAAAGAGUUCGAUCCAAAGACUUGUCGUAUGAUUCAUUGAGAUUCAUCUAGCGGCGAUUACACUCGUACGCCUACACGCUGACAUCACCGAUAAUAAUAAAUCCAUUAGCGAAUUCGUGUCACGGGAAUAACGCAGUAGAUACACGCGAUGUGAAGUUGAUGAAAAAAAGAAAAGUCGAAACCGAUAACGAGUAAUUAGGAUACGGUUUAGAUAAUCAUGUUUGCGUUGGCCAUUCGAUUUUCCACGAAAGCUACCAGCUUAUUUUGCACUCUUCUCUUUCCCGUUUUCUCCGGUGAACCGUUUCGAGGUUUCGCUUUAUCGUACUUUAAAAAUAGGACAGCUGGGUUUUAUCUCGCCGCGCACUGCAUCCUUCUGAUGGAUUACAUAAACUGGCAACACACGAAUCUCCACUUCCAUUGUACCAAAAGUACAUCCUCGGUCCAAGCCGAAGAACACAAUUUGUUAAGAAAUAAAAAAAUACAGUGACGAUUAA